AUGAGAGCUGUGCUGUCUCUGAUCCUUCCUUCCCACCUCUCCCCCACUUCCUCUCUCCCCUCCAUCCAUCCUGGUUCAUUUCCUCCCCCUUUCCAUGCAACUCCCCCCAACCCCCAACCCAUCCUUCCCUCAACUCCCUUUCCUCUCCUCUCCCUGUACUAUGUGAGGGAGGACGCGGAGGACGCGGUGAAAUACGUCAGCAGCACGAUUCUGGACGACCGGCCAAUCAGAGUGGACUUUGACUGGGGCUACGAGGAUGGGCGGCAGUGGGGGCGGGGGAGGAGCGGCGGGCAAAGCGGAUGGCAAGUCAGGGACGAAUACCGGACCGACUACGACCCAGAUAUGUGCCUCUCUCGCCUUUCGUUCGCCUCUCUUGCUUGCAUCCCUCUCACCUUGAUGGGCGGGGGAGGAGUGGAGGGCAAGUCAGGGACGAAUACCGCACCGAUUAUGACCCAGAUAUGUGCCUCUCUCGCCUCUAUCCGUCACAUCUCUCCCUCCCCUCUCCCUCGUCUUUAUGGUGGGCGGGGACAGAGCGGAUGGCAAGUCAGGGACGAAUACCGGACCGACUACGACCCAGAUAUGUGCCUCUCUCGCCUUUCGUUCGCCUCUCUUGCUUGCAUCCCUCUCACCUUGAUGGGCGGGGGAGGAGUGGAGGGCAAUUACGGCAUGCCUGUAAAGGUGGGGGGGGCGGGGGAGGAGUGGAGGGCAAGGGGCUACGGCAAGCUAGUACAGAAGGAGAUAGUGGCCAUUCAGCAGUACGGAGCGCCGCUCGUCAUGCCGGGAGAGGGGGGGAGAGGCUACGGCAAGCUGGUACAGAAGGAGAUAGCGGCCAUUCAGCAGUACGGAGCGCCGCUCUUCAUGCCGGGAGAGGGGGGGAGCCCGGGAGGCAUGCCCCCCUCCUUUGGCCACUCGCCCUCUGUGCCCCACCAGCCCAUGAGCCACCGCAUGCAGCAGCGACUGGGCAAUCAGCAGGGGCCCCGGAGGGCCCAGCGUUACUCAAGGGAUGACAGGCAGCGGGGCGGCUACAGAGGUAAGCAGCUCUGUUUAUAA